UUUAACGAAGCGCUUUAAACGCGUAAUUGACUCUUCUUCAAACGGUAGAAAUUUUGUGAGUUGUGUUAAAAUGUCUAACGAGGUGGAAGAUUCAAAUGCAGAUGCUGAACUGCAAAAUAAGUGUGCUGAGAAUGGCAUGAAGACCAGUCCAGUAACUGAUGCAAGCCGAGGUAGACUUACCAAGAAGUGGCGUGCCAUUUUUAGUGGAACUAUGCCAGACACGCCCACCAAUCGAAACAAACGGUACUACAAAGCACCAACAGAUGCUGACAAAAUAGAGGGGGAUACAAAAAAACGCGAAGAUAGCGCACAAAAAGUUUUGCCAGUAACCGUAACUGAUAUAAAACCUAUUGAAAGUAGUGACGAAGAAGCAGAAGCUGCCGAUCGUGAUGUACCGGUACGCGAGCGUACCACACGUUCUGUGUCUGUAACUAAGAGCUACAUACCUGUGCCCGUAGUAGCAGCAGCUAAAAAAGAUGUUGACACAAUCAUCGAAGAACAAUCACAAGUAGAGCCUGCUGUGCGUCAACGUUCAACAGUUUCCUUCGAUGAAGAACCAAUUAUGUCAUUUGCGCCAGUUUCACACCAUAUUGAUAUAUACUCUAAAUUUGAGAAAAAACAAUUUGACACAACUAAAGCCAAACAAUAUCCAGUUGGAGAUUUUAAAACCUCACAACUUGUGACCCCAACUACUGGCUACGGUUCAAAAUAUGCUUCGCCCUUAAGUCUUGGUACUGCAUACCUUUUAGAUGGCACACCGUCGUUAUUGUCAGGAAAAACGAACGCUUAUUAUAAUGAACAAAGUGAUGACACAGAUUCAUACGACAGGCCGUUUUUAAGUAACUUUGCACGUACUUUGGAUCGCUUGAAGUCUUCACAUGUGCAUCACAUUUCUGGCGACAAAUACAGUGGUGGUCCACGUCCACGUAAGUUAAUGGUACAUGAGAAACGCCGACGUCCUUCGAUCAUUGAACCACGUGUUGAACGUUUCACAGCAAUAGAUAGGAAGUACCUUAUCCGCCGGAACUUAUUGAUCACGUUAAUUGCUUUGACGUUCAUUGUUUUUAUAUAUAGGCAAUUAUAA